CGUGUCUUCAUCUUCUACUCGGGAGAGAAAACCCCUAAAAAGUUUGUAAUCAAUUCUCAAAUCAAAUCUCUCACAAAGCCAUUUUCUUAUGGGAGAGAACAACAUUCACAAAGAGCAAAAGUCACUUUCAUACGACAAAUCUAAUAAACCCUUCUUUCCUUCGUCGUCACCAUGCUCGUUUACAGCGAUGAUCGUCCUCUUGAUCUUCGCCUCUUAUCUCCUAUACUCGUUCAGUUUCAUCUCCUUCCUAAACCCAUACUCCCCUUCUAAAAUCCCCAAUUCCCUCCUCGUACCCGUUAUCCGUAUCGGGUCGGGUCUUAGACCAGAGGAGCAACAACCCCAGACAGAGCUCAAACACAUCGUCUUCGGGAUCGCCGCCUCCUCAGAUCUGUGGAAGCAUCGUAGAGAAUACGUCAAAACAUGGUGGCAGCCUCGUCACCGAGAAAUGAAGGGCGCCGUUUGGCUCGACAAGCCCGUCAAUGAUUCCGUCUCCUCUUCCUCUUCCUUGCCUCGGAUCAAAAUCUCCUCCGACACCUUGAGCUUCAAGUACCGCUACCGUAGCGGACACAGAUCAGCCAUCAGGAUCACCAGGAUCGUGUCGGAGACGGUGAGGAUGCUGAACGGGACGGAAGCCGAGAGAAACGUCAGGUGGGUUGUGAUGGGUGACGACGACACUGUGUUCUUCACGGAGAACCUUGUUAGGGUUUUGAGAAAGUACGAUCACAAACAGUUCUAUUACAUAGGAGCUCCGUCGGAGAGUCAUCUGCAGAACCUGCACCAGUUCUCGUACGGGAUGGCGUACGGCGGAGGUGGGUUUGCUAUAAGCUAUCCGCUGGCCAAGGUUCUGGAGAAGAUGCAAGAUCGCUGUAUUGAGAGAUACGCUGAUCUGUAUGGCUCAGAUGAUAGGGUCCAUGCUUGUAUGGCUGAGAUUGGCGUUCCUCUCACCAAAGAAGUUGGAUUCCACCAGAUGGAUGUAUACGGGAAUCUCUUAGGCCUAUUGUCAGUCCAUCCGCAAGCGCCGAUAGUGUCAAUCCAUCACCUAGACGUGGUCGACCCUAUAUUCCCAAAGACAGACCGAGUCAACGCCGUAAAGAAACUGAUGAUCCCAGCAAAACUCGAUUCAGCCAGUCUUGUCCAGCAGUCGGUAUGCUACGAUACAACUCGACAGUGGACAAUGUCAGUCUCGUGGGGGUACACGGUUCAAAUCACGCGUACCUAUAUGCCAGCAAGAAUGAUGGAGAUGCCCACCCGCACUUUUAACGACUGGCACAAACGCCACGAUUUCACUAACCUUGCCUUCAACACACGUCCCAUUACAUACACUGACUGCCAGCGUCCGCGUGUGUUUUAUCUCUCUCGUGCGUUUAGCAAUUCCUCUUCCGAUACAACCAUUACCGAAUAUCUAAGGCACGAUGAAUGGUAUCCCAAAUGCGACUGGGGGAUCGCGGAUCCUUCCGAUAUCAAUCAGAUAGUUGUCCACAAAAAGCCUAACCCGGAUAGGUGGAACAAGGCUCCCCGGAGAGAUUGUUGUAGAUUAGUGCCUACAAGGAAGAAGGGAACAAUGGUGCUAAACGUGGCAGCUUGUGCAAAUGACGAGAUUGUUGCUUAUUCUGAUAAAUAGUUUUCUUGUUUACUCUUUUUACAAAUAGUCUUUACAAAGAGGACUUGCUUUUUUUGUUUGUUUUUUGUUAGUCACAUUUAUAUAGUUAGGGAAUAAAAUACAUCUUUUUGAUCAAA